AUGUGGCUCUACCGGGGCGCGCAGUCGGCUGUCUUUUACUAUGCUACCUGCACCCCUUGUGCAGAAGCCCGAGGGCGCCGUAAACGCAAGAAGGAUGCCGUUCGAUCACAACGAUUGCAGGAGCAAUACGACACCAACCUCGUUACCGAUCAGCCCCGUCCAUUCCCGCAGCCGACUCCAUUCAGCACCAAUGAAGGGUGGCGGGAGGAAAUUGUCCUAGGUCCGGGACCUCCAACUCGCCGGGGCGGCAAUCGCAAUCCUCAACGGACGAACAGCUGGAACACCGACGAACUUUCGCAGAUGAAAGACAAGAGUGGGAGCCUGAAGAAUCCGCUCGGCGAACGGUGGAACCGGAUGCGAUACCAACGCGAGGAUGAGCCGCUCUGGGGUCAGGAUGUACAAGGAUCCUCAAUUGGCUUUUCAGGCCUUGGUCGUGCAGACCCUCAUGAGCAAUCCAAAUAUUACACUGCUCGCGUACCCCCUGUCAAUGAUCUUCACCCUCCAAUUGUCAGCGGCCCGAAGUGCCGUGCAGAAACUCGAUGGAUGCUCCAACCACCGCCCAGCGCGAGGGUCAUGGUAGGCAAGGCAACCUUUGCCAAUUCUCCUCGCGACAGUGUAGGUGGUCUACCUGGCGACCGUUUGUCUCGUGUCACCCAACUUGGCUCUCGCCGUACGGAAAUCCCUGCACAGGCAGAACGUAUCAGUAACGACAGAGCCCUCGACAAAGAUUUCAUUCAACAGAACUUGCCGCGACGACCUUCUGUAAGCCGCGUGCGGGAACGCUCCAAUAGUAUCUCACGGGAAGACUUCGAGUUCUCAGGGCAUUCUCCAUCCGAUUCCAUGUUCUCUAUGGCCAACAGCGACGAAUUAUCUCCCACUGCGUCCUGGAAAUAUCCCGACACCCCCGAAACACGGAGGGCUUCUAAAUCAAUCGAUGACAGUGAUAAAGUACUGCGUCGUCCACAAAUAUCUAAAACGCUUUCCACCUUGCACCGCCCCGAUAACAAACACAAGGUCCAUCUUCUCCACCUCGAGAUCAAUGAUGAAAACCCCGAUGAGGUCGGAUACGGUCAACUAGAACGUAUUCGUCCAUGGCGCUGGAGCAUGGAUAUCUAA